AUACCCGCAUUUUCUCUCUCUAAAACCCUUCUUCUUGUUGUUAGCCAAUCACUCUCGGCACUUCAAAUUUUAUGCCAUUUUGGCCCUUUAUAAAUUCCCAUCUUCUCUUCCUUCUACCAGCAACCUACUGAAUUGAAAACUAAGGUGUUUUUCUGUAAAUUCAUAUUUAUUUUUUAAUAUAUCGUGGUAAUGAAGGAUAACCAAGGCAAUAAGAAGAGAGAUCGGAAAGAGGCUGACGAUAUUGAGUCAGAUGCUAACUCGGUCCCCAAUUUAAAACUUGCACGAGUUGAAAAGGAUGAUACGGAUGCCACUUCCGUGUCUGCCGAGGCUACUCAUGUCGAGCUUAACCCAGAUGAUGAAAGUGUUCAGUUGCCGGAGACAAAACAUAUCCCGGAGGAUUUGCUGAACAUCUUAGACGAUUCCGAUUUGUUCUCAGGACCAGUUCCUGCGAUUCAGGGACUUGACUCGGUCAUCAAAAGUUUCGAAGAAGAGAUCCUAAUUCCGGGCCAAGCGGAGUUACCGGAAAUGAUAUUGAAUUUCGACGAGCCACGGCCGGAGCUCGGUUUUCUGUUCGAAGCUUCGGAUGAUGAUCUGGGUUUGCCGCCGAGUUUCCCGUCGGUCGAGGCGGAGCAGAUAUUUGAAACCGCCUUGGACGUGGAGGAAGGAGGUGUUUCAGGGGGCAUUGGAUUUGCGGAAAUGAUGGGGAAUGAGUUCCCCAUUCCGAUGUACGACUCGUUUGAAUUCGGAAUCGGCGGCGAUUCGGGUACCAACAACAAUAUCCAUAGUAAUAGCGGCGAUUUUGUGGCGUUAGGAGGUUUGUUUGAACCCGCAGCCGAUAUUUCGGAGCUGACGUGGCGGCCUGAAUCGCUUCCCGCCUUGUAGUAAUAAAUAAAUAAAUAGAAGAAACAAUCGAAACGCGGCUCGUUUCGGUUUCGUAUGAUCAACGUGGACAUGUAUAUUUUUCAUGGUAAAUUACAUAAAUAUAUACAUGUGUCCGGAUUUAGGUUUAAGCCAAAA